AUGGAACAACUUAAGUGCGCUGCUCUCAAUCCCUUACACAACGCCUGCAGCGUACGCGUGAAGGAGGGGUGUAAAUGGUGCCCGAGGCACGAUGAGGAAAGAAGAAAGUUAUAUGCAGGAUAUAAGGCCUGCCACGCAGCGUUUGACGCGUUUCCAGCAGACAAGAUCUGCCACAGCAUGAAAGCGAUCAGGACGUGCACAUCGUAUGAUAUGGUCAAGGGAUGGAGCCAGGGGUUACGCAGCAAGUAUAAGUUACUCAGCAGGUGUAUCCAUGCCCGCGCCUAUUUUACGGAGAGAUUCUUUGGGAACGACAUGGACUUCGGCCACAAGACUUUCUGGCAUUUUCUGAACAAACAACGCGACGAACUCGAACGUCUGCUGGAAAUGGUCGAGCAACGCGCUUAUGAGCUGCUUCUUGCCUCCCAGAACGCCAUGUGGGUCUUGGAACAACACCAUCUGCCAGAUGGCGAAGGAGAAGAUUGUGCCGGUCGUGAUGAAGAGCCUCUCGCUAAACCACAAAUCACAACUCUGUCAAGACUGGACGAUACAGAAGAUGUUGAAGACCCAGUGGAUGUUGCCCUUCGGGAGAAACGGCAGGAAUUGUGGGAGAAGAUCUGGACACGCCUCGCCCGUUACUGCGCUUCGUACCAAUCCCGAUUCUACAAGGAGAGAGUGGCAGUGAUCUGGGCUUGCGUGUGCCGGGCCAUAUACACCGACCCGACGCUGAUGCUGGUUGCGCAAAACUACCGCUAUGUCGCAUCUAUGCUUUCAGACGCGAAGAUGGACCUGCCAAUGGUGGAGAAACUCUGGAAAGCCAUCAAAGGUCUUUACGUAUUCGACGUGCGUGCUGCAGUCGACGAUGUCUUGCAUCCCAUGCGAGAGACGGGAGAAUAUGUCGUUGUUUUUGGCACCCGUGUACACAAAGAAUUGAGCGGUGCGAGCCUUUCUUUCCAUGGCUGGGGUCAUAUGACUGCUGUCUUCCCAUGCUAUUCUUGCGUCCGAAGAGUGUGCAAAACGGUUGACGACAUCGUGACUCUAACGAGAUAUGCAAUCCUCAGUGGCCAGGGUCUAGCCCAGUCGCAGAUACGAUACGAAUUCAACUUCGAUGGUUGCCGAGUGCUCAGUCUAUGUGGAUUUAUUCCGAACGUCGUCGAAAACGUUGUGCCAAGAUACCAGAUUGAGAAGUGUAAUUGCUUCUUUAAAGGAAACAGGCCGCACUGGACAGAAACGAAGUCGAACAACGCCAUAUGCGUUGGCCUAUCUUUGAACGAUCCCAAGACUCAACUCUUCGUGAAUGCGUGCCUGCGAGAGCCAGACUUCAUGGUUCUUUGCCGCAAAGGGCCGACGGGGCGACUUAUCCGCUCGAAACCGCUGUGGGGCACGGAGGUUCGCAAGGCUGAUACUCGGGCUGGGCUGAAGAAGGCGGUUUGGGAUCAACGAGAAGCAAUUCACUUCCAAGACAGCGUCCUCGACGAAGCACGGCCAUUGGCAGCGCCCGACAAAUAUCUCGACGACUGUUUUCAAGUUGCCAUCGUCGAUGGUGGAGAAGGGGGCAUGGAGGUCACGAUUAACAAGCUAGUCAAAGUUUGGUAUCAUAUCUACGAGGUGGAAGAUCUUGGUGGGCUUUUGUUGAAGAUCGGAAACCCCUAUCUUGCUAGCGACGAACUGGAGGUUGAUGAGAAGAGAAACCGGAAGGGAUCACCGCUUAUACCCAACCUCGAACUCAAUGUUUUGGCGUCGUAUCAGCGGUUAUGGGGGCACGGACCGCGAGAAGGACGCCUGGUCGAUGACGAGAUAGAUAUUGAAAUAGUUGUCCCACCUAGAUGUCAACUUCGACCGUUAGGUCCUGGUAAAGAUGAUACGGACCAGGUCGAAGCAGCCAUUGCUCAAUGCGGCCAUUUCGGAACGACUUCAUUUGCUCCGGGCUCGUACAACAUCACUCGGAAGAUGAUGUGGGACUUGAAAUCAUCUAAAGUGGAUCUCAGAGGGUUCUUAACCUACCCACCAUGGAUUGACUACUGGAAAAAUGCCACUAACACGUAUCGUGUGGUGUUCAUCCAGAGUCAAGCAUCCUGGUUCGUUGUGACCGGGACGGACUUCGAGAUCGAUGCACAUAACGUUGGCGGCAUUCAAGGAAACGGUCAGACCUGGUGGUCGUAUUUGAUGACUCACACCCGUACCGAUGGUGAUGGCCGGCCUAUUUCGCUCACUGUGUGGAAUGCGACCCGCGGAAUUAUACGCAACUUCCGCAUUGAAUCGCCUCCAUUCUGGUCGAAUGCAGUGGCAGAAUCCAAGGACAUUACCUACGACGGCAUGUUCGUUAAUGCGACCAAUACCGACCCUCUCUACGCCGGAAGGAAUGCCGUUUUCAACACCGACGGCAUUGAUACGUACAGGAGCGAUCGAAUUACUAUGGUCAACUGGGAUGUCACUUGUGGGGACGAUUGUUUAGCUUUCAAAGGAAAUUCUACAAACCUGGUCGCAAGAAAUAUUAUCUGCCGCGGAGGGAAUGGAAUCACUUUUGGAUCUCUAGGACAAUAUGCUAACAUGAGUGACCAUGUGUACAACGUCGAGAUCGAGAAUCUUCGAACUAUCCGUCUCGACCCGAAGAUUCAGCCGAACAUGGCGAGUGGGGUCUACUUCAAAACUUGGUCUGCAACAGUCAAUGGGUCUCCCCCCAACAUGGGUGGUGGAGGUGGUGGAUAUGUGAACAACGUUACUGCGAAGAAUGUCUUUGUCGAUCGUGCGGCAACUCCGCUCCAUCUCUUCCAAACAAAUCUCGCUCAACCCGAGGACGCCCCAUCGAAGUUGAAGUUUAGCAAUCUGCGCUUCAUUAAUUGGCUGGGCUCCGGAAACAAUAACAGAAUCAUCGACCUCGAGUGCAGCCCGGCUGCUGGUUGUACUAACAUCAGCUUCAAAAACUUCAAGGAAUCACUGGACUAUCUGGUAAGGACGUCAGACAUCUUUGACAAUCUUAAAUCGGAUGCACUGACCAAGGCUUACAGCUCCAUGUAA